AUGGUAGGUAGCCAAGGAUUACACCAUCAGGAUUAUCAGGCUGUCAUCUUACAUCGCAACCGUUUCACCUUAUUACAGAAACUCUUCAUUGCGUGCAUGUUGAUUGCCGCAGCGACGGCUGCAGUGAUUCCUGUCGAACAAGCCAGGCACCGUCGUGAUGUCUCCGAGAUCGUGAAUGAGUAUAUCCCACCAUUGGAGGAAGUUGGCGCCGAUGCUCCCACUCAGCACGUUGCCCAAGUCCCCACCACUGUAGGAGAAGAUGGUUACCGCUACAAAACUGUUCGUCGUCUAAAGUACCGUCAACGCCGUGAUGUAUCAGAGAUUGCCAACGAUUACCUGCCCCCUUCGGAAGAAGUAGCUACUGAGGUUCCAGUUGAGGAAGUCGCCCAAGAUACGGCUGUUUUAGGUGAAGAUGGCUACCAAUACAAGACUGUCCGUCGUCUGAAGUACCGUCAACGCCGCGAUGUCUCAGAGAUUGCCAACGAUUACCUACCCCCUUCGGAAGAAGCAGCCACUGAGGUUCCAGUUGAGGAAGUCGCCCAGGAUUCCGCGGUUUUAGGAGAUGAUGGCUACCAGUAUAAGACUGUCCGUCGCCUGAAGUAUCGUCAACGCCGGGAUGUACCCGAGAGUGCAAAUGAGUACCUGCCCCCUUCGGAAGAAGUAGCCACUGAGGUUCCAGUUGAGGAAGUCGCCCAGGAUUCCGCGGUUUUAGGAGAUGAUGGCUACCAGUAUAAGACUGUCCGUCGCCUGAAGUAUCGUCAGCGCCGGGAUGUAUCCGAGAUUGCAAAUGAGUACCUGCCCCCUUCGGAGGAAUUGGCCACUGAGGCUCCCGUUGAAGAAGUCGCUCAAGAUUCCGCUGUUCUCGGAGAAGAUGGCUACCAGUACAAGACCGUCCGUCGCCUGAAGUAUCGUCAACGCCGGGAUGUAUCCGAGAUUGCAAAUGAGUACCUGCCCCCCUCGGAGGAAGUAGCCACUGAGGUUCCAGUUGAGGAAGUCGCCCAGGAUUCCGCGGUUUUAGGAGAAGAUGGCUACCAGUAUAAGACUGUCCGUCGCCUGAAGUAUCGUCAACGCCGGGAUGUAUCCGAGAUUGCAAAUGAGUACCUGCCCCCUUCGGAAGAAAUAGCCACUGAGACUCCAGUUGAGGAAGUCGCCCAGGAUUCAGCUGUUCUCGGAGAUGAUGGUUACCAAUACAAGACUGUCCGUCGCCUGAAGUAUCGUCAACGCCGCGAUGUCUCAGAGCUCGCCAGUGAGUACCUACCUCCAUCCGAGGAAGUUGCCACUGAGACUCCAGUUGAGGAAGUCGCUCAAGAUUCCGCUGUUCUCGGAGAAGAUGGCUACCAGUACAAGACCGUCCGUCGCCUGAAGUAUCGCCAACGCCGUGAUGUCUCAGAGAUUGCCAAUGAAUAUCUGCCCCCCUCGGAGGAAGUAGCCACUGAGGUUCCUGUUGAGGAAGUCGCCCAGGAUUCCGCGGUUUUAGGAGAUGAUGGCUACCAGUAUAAGACUGUCCGUCGCCUGAAGCUGCGUCAUCGUCGUGCCUUGUAA